ACGUGGGAGAAACCUACUAGUUUGCCGCCGACUUGAGAACGAAGCAGCGGCAGAAGCAGAAAGGAGGAGGUUGGAAUUGAUUUGUUAAACCCUAAAGCUUAAACCCUAAGGUGAAGGUUGCACGCUAUGGCUUACCAUGGAGGCAAUCUCAAGUCGACCUCCAUCAAUGGCGUCAAGAUGUACAGCGUUGCUUCUCAGCAACCCUCUCUCGCCACCUGGCUUGACCCCAACAAGCGUCGAGCCCUCCGCAAAGACAAAAAUUAUAUGCAAAGAGUGGACUUGAUUCAGGACCUCCGCUUCGAAACUGCCACCACCAAAAUCAAGGCCACUCCUGACGGCGAGUUCCUCAUUGCAUCAGGUAUAUACCCACCCCAAGUCAAGGUUUAUGAGCUCAGGGAACUUGCCCUCAAGUUUGAAAGGCACUUGGAUUCUGAGAUUAUUGAUUUUGAGGUUUUGGCUGAUGAUUAUUCAAAGCUUGCGUUUUUAUGUGCCGAUCGUUCUGUUUAUCUACAUGCAAAAUAUGGAAAACAUUACAGUUUGCGCAUUCCAAGAAUGGGUAGGGAUAUGGCUUAUGAUUGCUGGUCAUGUGAUUUGCUUUGUGCUGCCUCUUCUCCAGAACUUUACAGAAUUAAUUUGGAACAGGGGCGUUUUUUAUCUUCCCUCAACACUCAGUCGCCAGCGCUAAAUGUAGUUUCUCGAAGCAAGCUUCAUGGUUUAGUUGCUUGUGGUGGUGAAGAUGGUGCUGUGGAAUGUUUUGACUUGAGAAUGAAAUCUUCAGUUGGUAGGAUUAAUGCUGUUGGACCUGCUGGUGACAUCGACCAGGAGGUCACAGCAGUAGAGUUUGAUGAAAAAACGGGUUUCUUAAUGGCUGUUGGAAGCAGUGCAGGGAAGGUUCUCGUCUAUGACUUGCGUUCAUCACAUCCUAUACAGGUGAAGGAUCACAUGUAUGGCAGUCCGAUAUUAGACAUUAAGUGGCAUCAAACUCUUAAUUCUGAACGGCCAAAGUUAAUUACCACUGACAAUCACGUUGUUAGAAUAUGGGACCCUGACACAGGAGAAGGAAUGACAAGCAUUGAGCCCACAGCUGGAGCAAUAAAUGAUAUAUGUACAUUCCCUGGCAGUGGAUUGAUGCUGUUGGCUCUGGACUGCAGUCAGAUACCAUCGUAUUUCAUACCUGAACUCGGACCUGCUCCAAAUUGGUGUUCUUACCUGCAAAAUCUUACUGAAGAGCUAGAGGAGGGUGCGCAGACGACCAUCUAUGAUGAUUAUAAAUUUUUGACAAAAGAAGACCUUGAGAGGUUGAGGUUGACUAAGCUGAUUGGAACGAAUCUACUCAGAGCUUACAUGCAUGGGUUCUUUGUUCGUUAUUCGUUGUAUAAAAAGGCAAAAGCUUUGGUAGAGCCUUUUGAUAUUAGUGAAUACAUUGAACAGCAGAAAAAGGAGAAGCUAGAAAAAGAAUUUGCUGGACAGCGAAUUACGAAAAAGAGAAAAUUGCCCAAGGUCAACCAAAAGUUUGCAGAGAGGUUUUUGGAGUAUGAAGAAGCAGAAAAUGAAACUAAAGAUAUAGAUGAAAAUGAGACCAACAAGCCAUCCAAGAAAAAGAAGGCACUUGAUAUUAAUAUUCUUAAAGAUGAGCGAUUUAAAGCAAUGUUUGAAAAUAAGGACUUUGAAAUUGAUGAGUACUCGCACGAAUAUAAGGCUUUACACCCGGUUUCUUCUAACAAGCGAGCAUCUCUGGUGGAAGAACACUUCAGACCUGCCAUGGAAGAUGAAGAUGAGAAUCAUAGUGAUUCUGAUGCAACAUCAGAGGAUGAGCCUGACUAUGGAAACAGCAGAAUAAAAGGGAAAGGACGAGCUCCAAGAUUGAUUGAGGCCAAGGAUGAGCGGCAUGCAGAGGCAUUCAGGAGUGGUGCAUCACUUGCACAUGAGGAGUUGCUGCCAUUGGGAGAAAGGGUAAAAGCCCUCAGAGAUGAUCGGCGGGUUUCUGCCCUCCCAAGUGGUGUCAAGCUGGGCCCUGGAGGGUCACGUGAGAUUUCUUUCAGAGCUAGAGGCUCCUCAAAGUAUAAAGAGGAUGAUGAUGAAGAAGCAGAGCGUGGAAAGAGAAGGGGAAUUCAUUCAUUGGGGCUAAAGCAAAAUAAGAAUGGAUUCGGAAGCCGAGGCAGAGGAGGCAGGGGAGGCAGAGGGGGCAGGGGAGGCAGUGGGGGGAGAGGUGGCAGAGGGGGAAGAGGCAGAAGAGGUCGCGGGUAAAAAGAUCAUUAUGCUUAUGGCAGCUCAAUCGGUGAUCUAGGCAAUUUUGUGGGAUAGUGGAGUCUUUUUCAUUUAGAUGUUGUAUCUUUGCUGGUCUUUAAUCAUUUUGUUGUUAAGAUAGUGUAUUCAAGUUAGGAAAUUGCCGAACAUAUAAUGUAUACGACGUUGGUAUCGUCUUUUUUUGUGGAGACUACUGUACUGCAGUUUUAUCUUUU